UCUCCCAGCCGGGCAGAGGAAAAGAAAACCUUUUUUCUUUUUGCUAUUCUCUCCUGACACGCGCAGCGAAGCAGGCUCCCAGCACAGCACAGCGGCGACGACAAACACACAGGGGAGUUGAGUUGAGUUGCCUUCACUUUCCGUUGCCACCGCCACCUCGUCGCCUCGGUUCGGCUUCCCCCCUUCCUUCCUUCGCGCGUGCGGGAUCUCGCGCUCGCGCCGAGGAGGGCUCCCGCGGGGUUCGGCGGCGGCGAUGGCGAGCAGGGUGAAGGAGGACGAGAGGAACGAGCGGGUCAUACGCGGGCUGCUCAAGCUGCCCGCCAACAAGAGGUGCAUCAACUGCAACAAUCUGGGACCACAAUAUGUGUGCACAAAUUUCUGGACCUUUGUUUGUACCAAUUGCAGUGGAGCGCACCGAGAGUUCACACAUCGGGUGAAAUCAGUUUCUAUGGCUAAAUUUACUGCACAAGAAGUUAGUGCUCUUCAAGGAGGAGGAAAUGAGCGUGCUAGAGAAAUAUUUUUCAAGGAGUGGGAUUCUCAGCGCGGUUCAUACCCUGACAGCAGUAAUGUGGAUAAAUUGAGGAAUUUCAUUAAGCAUGUUUAUGUGGAACGGAGGUAUACAGGAGAAAGAAGCUCUGAUAGACCACCGAGGGGAAAGGAUGAUAAGGAUGAACCUAGUGAAAAUAGAAGGUCUGAUGGAAAUCGGGGUGGUUCAAGAAGUCCACCAUACAAUGAAAGUUACUCUGACCGCCGGAGUUAUAGUGGACGGAGUGAUGACAGAAAUUCCAGAUAUUCCUAUGGAGAACGUAGUCCUGGCUAUGACCAGAGUGACUAUAAGAAAAGUCCCCGCUGCUUUGAGGCUGUCGAUGAUAGAUCUGGAAAAACAACUCCAGUUCAAAGAUUUGAAGACCGCAGGUUUUCUGAACCACGAAAGCCAGAAACUGGGUCUCCAAAUUAUGAGAGAGAAGCCAAUGGAUCUAGUCCGCCUGUUGUACGACCAGUGAGGGAGAUACUGGGUGAUGAUGCCCCUCAACUUCGGAUUGGUGAACCUCCAAAGCCAAAUGUAGCCAAACAAAUUGACCCUCCAAAACCAAAUGGAAUCAGGACCAUUGAACCUCCACCUCAGGCACAGAGGACAUCUACUGCCACCAGUGUUGGUUCUUCUGAGGGUACUUUGGAACAGAUGAAGGUAGCAAGUCCAAUCAGUUUAAUUGAUUUUAGUGCAGACCCUGAACCUUCUGCAUCUGCCCCACCAUCACAGACAGGCCCUGCACCCCAACAGCAUCCUGUUAAUGCACAGCCACCACAGCCUAUUAAUGCAGCAGUGCAGCAGCCUGUUCUUGAACAAGGCAAAAGUGCUCCAUCAGUGAGUGGUGGUGAUUGGGCAUCUUUUGAUGCUUUCGGCCAGCAACAAAUACCACAAGCAACCAGCAGUGUAAAUCCCCUUGAGUCUGUACUUGCAGAACUAUCAUUCUCCGAAACACCCUCUGCACCCAAUACAUCAACAUUUCCAAUUUCUGUUGAUCCAAAAGCAAAUGAUGGAGGACAGUCAUCCAUGAUAGAUCAGUCACAUUCUUCGUUAUUUGGUGCACCCCUGGGAAUCUCAGGCAAUCAGCAUCAGGCGUCAACAGGGAUGUCCAUCCAAGGAUCUUCAAUUCAGCAAUCUGCUGUAGCUGCCCCUAUGGGCGUUCUUCCAUCCCAAGUGCCUUCUAGUUCACAAGGAACCAGUGGCAUCCAAGAAGCAACAUCCUCUGCUGAUGAUAAAUCCAGUGGGAGGAAACCAUUGCCAGUGGAUUUCUUUACGUCACUAUAUCCAUCAGCAGCUCCAACAAUGCCUGGUUGGCAGAGAGCUCCUCAGUUUGGAAUGGGUUUUGCAAUGCAGUAUCCUCCUGGAAUGUUGCAGGGUGGGUAUCCUCAGGCAGCAUUUUCUCAACCUGCAUAUCAACAAACAUAUCAACAACCUUUGUAUCAACAACCUGCAUAUCCGCAGCAUUCAUAUCCUCAACCUGCGAAAGCUUCAAACCCUUUUGAUUUGGGAAAUGAGCCAGCUCAAGCUCACACGCCCCUAUCUGGGCCACUGGGAGCAUCAGCAGGCGCUACCCCGGAAACAUUACUUGGUACCUCUAGUUUUGGAGUUCCACCACGGCAACCUCAGCAGCUGUAUCAGUCAUCUGCACCUCAAAACCAUUACAUGAUGCAGCAUGUUCCAAAUAACAUGCCUGGGCAGCUACCUAAUAACAUGCUUCCAAGGCAACAAGGAGGGCCAGGCUCUCUUGGCAUUGGCUAUGAUCAACAAGCUGCUCCCAGGUACUCGCAGCCAAGCACACCACCUUCCUAUGGUGCUGUUGGUGGAAAUCCUUUUGGGUAAAAGGUUUAUGAAAUGUGGUCAUACCAUGUUACCUGUUUAUGGAAUCUUGCGCUUCUUCUGACCAAGUGAUCUCGGGAACCCAGUGACACCAGAAUGCACAAAGCCCCCAAGAAUAGUUGUUUCAUAGACUGGUGGUGCGUUUGUUGACUGUAGUUCCUUUUUACUUGGUUUGAAAGCGACACUGGGCUCUAGCCUCAGGAGGGGAGUUCUGCUGUGUUUCCAUCCCCUAUUUUCUUGUAUAUUUGUCUUUGGUGCAUGCUGUAUCCAUUGUAUAUUUAGGGAGACCCUAUGCCUCGAAUGGUUUUUGCUUGGGAUCUUUGAGCGGGUAAUAUCUCAUAUAGUGUAUUCUUAGUUCAGUUUUUUUCCUAGUCAGCUGGCUAUUCAAUUUUAAUGUGUAUGACAUUGUCCGACUGCAUGAUGUACAAUUGUGAUUACUAAGUUAUUUUAAUCUCCUCAAUCUGUUGUAUC